GCUGUAUUCCGAGCUGUAGGUGGAAUGAGGCUGUUGAGGGGUUCUUUCUUUAGGCUCAGCCCACAAACGAAAAUGUAAAUUUCGCAAAAUUAUUUUUAGGCUUUAUAGAGGAGAACUUCCGUGACAAUGACUGUAUUCCUUUGGAUCCGGGGAGAUGUGGGCUGUAAAGAGAAUAUCCGAUUUUGGCUUAUUUUUUUCCAAUCUAGAUAAAUUGGAAGACUUUCACAUCGAGUAGCCUAACGUUAUUAUAUUUAUAGGGCGGAGGCAAACAUUUGCAACAAUGGGGUUUGCAUUUUAGAUUUCGGAGUGCAGUGCGUUGCUGGACACCACAAGCGAUGCUUGGAUUGUGUAAGCUAUCGUGUCUCGUUUUCGGAGAAUAAGAAAUAAUUAACAAAUAACGGGAGCGUUGUAGCCUUUGCUGUGAACCUCCGAACCAUAUUUCAGUUCUGAAUAGGCUACCACGUGCAUUGUGUACUUUUCAGAAGAGUUCUAUUUAACUAAUGAAGGACAUUCUUUGAGAAAAUGUUCACUUCAGAAUGUGCCGAAUACAAUGCGGUACAGUAGACUACAUAGCCUGACGUGGACGCAUUGAGCUGCUGUUCUGCAGUUUUGGUCUUAGCUGUUUGCCACUUUGUGGAUUAUACCCAUCUGUUUAUUGUCAGAGCGUCUGUUUAGUUUUUGUUCUCUAUAGAAGUCCAUAUCAUCAGAACUGAUACUGAAGAUGAGGAACGCAGAGGAGGCGGAUGGAUUUGAUGGCGAGGCCUCCAACACUUCAAUGAUAUCUGGGGCUAGUAGCCCCUAUCAACCGACAACUGAACCAGUUCAUUCAAGAAAUGUAUUCGGGGGAAUCCGAUGUGACACGGCAUAUCUGAAAUCAAAUUUAGGAAUUUUAAAAAUUAUUGAAGUGGUCCUCUCUCUCAUUGCCUUCAUCUGCAUAGAGACCGUUAUGGUGUGUUUGCCCUGUGGAGGUGUGUACUUCUUUGAGUUUGUCAGCUGCAGUGCCCUCCUCAUCACCAGCAUCCUGCUCCUGAUCUUCAGCCUCAGCAUCCACACCAAAGUGCCCCACAUCAACUGGAGUCUCACGGACCUGGUCAGCACCGCCACAAGCUCCUUCUUUUUCCUCCUUGCCUCAAUCGUGCUGGCAGCACUGAACCGCAAGUCUGGAGGAGAAAUCACUGCUGUGAUAGUUGGCUUCCUGGUGAUGGCUGUCUAUGCCUUCAACACGUACCUGGCAGUGAGGAGCUGGUGCACAAGAGAUGGAAGCUCCAGCACCACUCAAUCCAGCGAGUACAUCCGCGCCCGCAGCACAUAAAGGAGUGAGGUGGAAGCAUGCCCUGAGCUCCAGUAACCCACCCAGCUCAGACUGGAAGGGUGCUCACAAUCUCUCAUCUGUUUCACCUGCUAUGUUCCCAGGGACAGCCUGUAACUGGCCUCUGCCUAAUAACCGAGCCCAGGGAGUUGGAAUUAUUAUAGCUUUUAGUGGUAUACUGAACAUCAUCAUGCCACAACGACAUCUAAAUCUUCCUGAUGACAUUUUAACUAGGCUGUUGACUGUUGACCACACCCCCAGAGGGGGCCUCAGUGUGACCAGCGUGGCCAAACAGACCAGUCUUGGAAGGCUGCAUGCGUCUGUGACAAAAAUUAUUUAAAUUUUUUAAAUAUUCUAGAUGUCCUAUCAAAGAUUAUGAGAUCGUUAUUAUUUCUUUAGUACAAUUAUGAUAAUACAGUACAUACUGUAUAUGUUGUAUAAAGAUAAUGAGUUCUUAUAGUUGUCUUGUGGUAGUUUUCUAAAAGAUGCCAGUGGGUGACACUGUUUUUUUCUUGGAAUUAACCUCUCAGUGAACUGGUGUAAACCAGUGGGUUGUUACUCUAGUUUUUAUUAUGAUGUAGAUACGUCUAGUGAAUAUCAUUAACUAUCUCAUGUUUGGUAAACUAGGUCUAUCAGCAGAUUUACAAAGCACAAAAUGAUAUUGUUUCAGAUGGAUACAAUUCAUUAUCUGUGGUUUGGAAGAGCUGACUGAUUCCAUUGCAGACUGGCAAGUUCCUGAGAACUUCAGAACAUAUUCUGCCAUUUUUAAUUCACAUAAUGUGUCUUGACAAAUACUUCUGAAGGUUGUUUGAUUACAAUAUUUAUAAGGAACAUUUGUUCCAUAUCAAUAUAAAAUCUAUUUGUUUUAAAACACUGCUAAAACAAAUCUUGGGUCGAUUGCAUUAUCAUACACAGUUUUGCUCUAAACAAAGCUUACCUGUACAGAUCUCACCUGGACGUCAAAUAUUUUGUCUUCCUGAAUCACAGCUGUUAGAAGUGUUGCAGAACAUUAUCAGAAGCAUAGCUUUGAAAACUAGCAUUAGGCAUGAAAGUCUAAUGAUAUCAGUAAAGUGAAAAUAUAUUACGGAUAUUUGUAAAUAAUGUUUAUGAAUAACAUUCCCAAUACCACCUAUGUAUCAAUUUCAUUGCACUGUAACCUUAUUUAUUUAUUCAGUAACAGCUUUAAGAGAGGCUGCUUAAGAACUACCAAAUGAAUGGUCUGCAUAGAUAAAUUGUUAUCAUUAUGCCAAGAAAGGACAUCAUUUAUUUUAUCUUAAAUGUGGUUAAAUGUGGAUAUGUUAUACUUAAUGCAAAUUAAUGCUUUACAUUCUCAUCAUGAAGGAGGUUUCUCUGAAAAACAGAGUUCUUUUAGCACAAUAAUAUUGGGGAUAAGUGUGGAUCAGGAUUAAAACUUGAGUGGAUUUCUACUUUAAUAAUACAUGUAAACAAUUUUAAUGCAUAAGAUGAUCUUGCUGCAUUGCUUGAGGAUUUUGAAUUUUAAAAAGCAUAUGCAUUGGUUUCUUUUCAAGAGAGACACACUGCUGGACCAUCUAGUCAUGCAUAUUCAAAUGUUAAGUCUCACAAGCAUACCAGUCUAGCAAUUAAUUCAUAUAAAAAUAUUGGGGGUGAUAUGUUUCCCCCAAACCUGUGCAUGUGGUAAAAAGCUGAGCUGCAUUCAAUGUGUGAAGAGAGGCUGCAUGAGGAUUUUAGAGGUGGGUGAGAGCAAAUGUUUGCAGAGGUUGUAUUUUUUUCAGUUUAUACCAUAUUUUCCUAGUAAGUUACCACAUUUGGGCCAAGAAGCAAACUUGUGGUCUGCUCACUUCCUAAGUCAGUUUAACUUGAAUGAAUAAUUGUGUGUUGCAGCUCUGCUUUGCAUUGCCUAAUUCUGUGUCCCAGAGAAGAGCGUAUGAUAGUCAAACCAGGCCUACUGCAUCAAAAGGCUCUAUUCCUUAAGCGCCAAAACGAUUUGCUGGAUUUUAUAUUCAUGUUACAAUGUAUUUUUACAAAGUGCUCACUGUGAAACAGGAAACUCAUAGCCUUCAACUUGGUGUGGCUGUGAAUUGGACCCAAAGUCAAAGUGUGAAGGAGAAGUCCUGAGGUGUUUAAGUUACGUAUUUGUGAGUGUGAAAGUGACAGGGCAUUAUUCUGCUCUUAUUAAUAGACCCAUUGAUGUUUUAGUGGUGCCUAAUAAUCUCUCUGGACUGUUGUUGAUUAUAUGUAUAUGUGGGUUUUGAUAAGCUGUGGAUAAACUUUGUUGCUGAAGUGUAUUUAUUACAGCUCUGUGUAAUGUACAGUUUAUGCACUUUGUUUUAUAUACACGUAUGAACUCUGUGUAUCAUAAGGAUUUCAGUAGCACACUUCAACCAUGGUGCCUUAAGUCAAAGGCCACACCACCAAGACUUCCUGACUAGGACUAGGAUAAAUAACCCAAUUUUUAAAGUACUUGGCAUUUAUCACAGUAAUGGAAUUGAAUCACUAUACCGGAGAACAUUACUUGCAUUUUGUGUAUGUGUAUUGUUGAGAGGAAAUGAUGGACACAUUCUAAUCCUGAAGGUAAUCCUAAAGGUACUGUAGGUUUUUACAUUCAGUCCUAAACUAUUAAUGUGAUUUAAAGGCUUAAAAUAAUGGACCUUUUAAUCAAUUAUGUGUUUUUUUAAAUUGGUGAAGACUGUCAAUGCUCAUUGUAGACUUUGACCUAAUUUAGUACUUCAAAAAAAUGGUUCACAGACAUUAUGCUUGUGUUGAUGAUGUGACAAUUGCUAUGGUGACAUUGGCCUUGUUUCCACAAUCACCGUGGGAGUGCAUAUAUAUGAAUGAUAUUUGUAUGUGAAUGUCUCUUCAAUCAAUUGAGGGUUUUAAAGCCUAAAGAUUUUUGUCAAUGUACUUACCUUAUUUUCUCUCAUAUCAUUUCUCGUUAUCAUUUAUUAUUUCAUAUCCCAUUCAUCAAGCAAGACAAUGGGCUAUAGACUAAGAAUCAGUCAACAUACGUUUAUAGUUUUGCUUAUACACAGACAGUGUUUCAAAUGGGCAAAAUAGGUGAGAAAUGCUGUGGCAAAUCCUGAAAGGAGCAGUUCAUACAAAAAUGGACCAAUUUGUCUGAUUUAAAGCAGUUCUGCAAAGAAGAGUGGGCUAGAAUUCCUCCACAAUGAUGCGAAAGACUGGUCUCAAAUUACAGGAAGCGUUUGGUUGCAGUUAUUGCUGCUAGAGGUGGUGUAACCAGUCAUUAAGUUUAAGGGGGCAACUACUUUUUCACAUGAUUGAUAUGGGUGUUUGAUAACUUUUUUCAUUAAAUAAA